AUGACCUCAAUGAACAUCGCGUUUGCUGGUAUACACGAGACCAAUGUUGCACCUUGGGUGGGCGAUUGGAGAGCCUUCGAAGGGCUUGGCAAGGUCAUAGUUGGCAUUGUCCACAGCGGUCGAAUCUUUUACAUUGACCGGGCCAAGCUCAUGAAGCCCUUUGCAGGCUCAGAGUCACAAGAUGCGGCUACGGUUGUCCAGAACUUCCUUAACUCCCUCAAAGGCGGAGUGCCUCAACAGCAAACGCAGGGUCAGGUCUACACCACUUUGCCGGAUCUACUUCCAUCAUCUACAACUAUCCCAACCCUUGACUCAGCUUCCCCUGCCCAAAUCGAUAACCUCUUGAAUUAUCUGCCUCCAACAAUUCUCUUGAUCGCACAAGAAUCGGCCGCCUCAAUAGAUGGAAUGGUUGAACCAAACGCAGCGACCGCGGCUGCCGCGAUGGAAGCUCUCAGCCUAGACCAGAAGAAAUCCAUAUUGAAGCGUGUCUUAAGAAGUCCACAGUUUCACCAAAGCUUGGGAAGCCUUACUAUGGCAAUUCGAGACGGAGGUCUACCAAGUAUUGCAGAAGCUCUGGAAAUUCGAUUACAGAAUGGGGGAUUGGUCAAGGGUGGCAGUGUGCCACUUGGCGGAGGAGAUGCGGUUGAAGCAUUCGUUGAGGGUGCGAAGAAAACAGUGGAGCAAAACAAGUAA